AUGCAGGCUUCUGGCACCCUCCUUCCUCCUGUGGUUGGGAAUUAUGAUCCAGCCAACUCCCAAGAGCUGCAGAAGCUCCUGGCUGAUGAGAAGAUGCGAUGUGAUACCCAUAAAGCAAACUAUCAGACUGUGAAGGCUCAACUUCUAAGUUUGCAGGAUGAGUAUAGAAGAUCCCAAGAUGAGCUGGAGAGGCUGGUGGCUGAAAGGCAGACUGAACGUGACAACUUCCAGUUACUCCUCGCUGACUGUCAGGAGAAAUUGCUGGGUAAAACACAGGAGGUGGAAAAACUCAAGAUGCAGGUGAUAACUCCUCAAAAAUUAGAGCUGUUAAAAGCACAAAUACAGCAGGAAUUGGAAUCUCCUAUGACAGAACGUUACCGGAAGCUAGAAAAUGAAGUGGAAAAAUACAGGACAGAAUAUAACAAACUUCGUUAUGAGCACACUUUCCUGAAGUCAGAGUUUACACAUCAGAGCGAGGAACAUGCGCGGGUCUUAGAGGAGAAGAAAAUCAAAUACGAGGCUGAGAUUGCAAGGCUGGAUAAAGAUAAAGAAGAACUCCAUAAUCAGCUGCUUAGUGUUGAUGCCACGAGGGACAGUAAACGUGUGGAGGCACUCUCCAGAGAAAAGGCACAGCUCUAUCAGAAACUGAAGGGCUUAGAAGCAGAAGUGGCAGAGCUGAGAGCAGAACGAGACAACUGUGGUGUGCAAGCAGAAAAUGUUCAAAGAGUGCAAGUUCGGCAGCUAGCUGAGGUGCAGGCUGUGGCAAGGUCUCUAGAGGCAGAAAAGAGGUCUGCUGAACUCCAGAUUGAUCGGCUUGAGAAAGAGCUGCAGAUAAGCCACGAGCAAAACAUUCUCCUAACAAGCAAACUUCACAAAUCUGAGCGAGAAGUCAAUGCCUUAGCUGCUCAAGUAGAGGAGCUUAAACAUUCACAUAAAUUGGAAGUAACAAAUGUCAAACUGGAGGCAGCAAGAACAAAGAGCGAGAUAGAAAGAGAGAGAAACAAGAUUCAGAGUGAAAUGGAUGGGCUGCUGUCAGACAAGGAGAUUCUGAAGGCAGCAGUGGAACGCCACAAGGUGCUGUUAGUAGAAAAGGACCGGGAGCUAAUUCGCAAAAUGCAGGCUGCCAAGGAGGAAGCUUUUGGCCAGCUUGCAGCCCUGCAGGAUGAAAAGCUGGAACUGGAGAAGAAAUUGGCUGACCUAGAGAAGAUAAGACUGGAACAAGACAGCUGGAGACAAUCUGAGAAGGAUCAGUAUGAGGAGAAGCUCCGAGCUGUGCAGGCAGCAGAAGACUCCAGCAGGAAGGAGCUCCAGCGCCUGCGAUCAAAAAUUCAACAACAAACUAUUCAGACAGAGGAGCUGGAAGAAAAGAAACAUGAAAAUGCUGAUCUGAAGCAGCAAAUUCACGACAUGCAGCUCCAGCUUGCCUCACUUUCUCAGGCAGAAAAUGAUUUGUUGGAGUCUAAUCAGAAGCUGAAGGAAACAAUAGAGAGACUGAGACAAGAAUGUCAACAUGCAAGGACUCAGGCAGAAAAAGCUCAAGUGGAAACAGAGAAGACCGUGGAGCAGCAGCGCCUGGAGUGGCUGGGGGAGAAGCACCUGCUGGCACAGCGCCUGGCAGAGCAGCAGCAGAGCUACAGCCAGCUGAGGAACAAGCUGUGUCGGGCUGCUCUGGCUCAGAAAAAGAGGAAGACUCUCAAUGAUAACAAACAGAGGAGGAUGCAAGAGAAGCUGGAGCUUUUGGAAGCCAAGGUGGAAGAGCUAGAAAAAGAAAACCAAGUGUUGAACAGGCAGAACGUGCCCUACGAGGAGCAUCGGCGGCUGCAGAGGCGGCUGAGGGAGCUGCGCCGCCAGCAAGACAACUUCCGCAGCCUCAUCCUCAACCCCAGCCUGGCACCCCCCAUGCCAGCCUCCACCCUGCCUCCUGGGCCUUCUCUCUCCUUCCCCCUCCUUCAGGAGGAACAACAUCAAAGAGAGCUCUCUCUCCUUCGCAAGAGGCUGGAGGAGCUGGAAACCACCCAGAGAAAGCAGCUGGAAGACCUGGGACCAGCCAGAGAGCCUGCAGCCAUGGGUGCCUGCAGGGACGUGGCUAGAAAGCAGGGCAGCAGAGAAGGUGAUACACAAAGUGAGGACUCCAAGUGAAAUCUGCCAGCUCUCUGCUGU